UGCUACCCAUACAUGUCCCUUGGUUACGGCACAUCUACAAGAAACAUAGCAAUGAGCAGAACCGAAGCAGACCUUGCGGUCAACAUCCGCAAAGCUACCAGCAUCGAGGAAACGGCUCCCAAACGAAAACAUGUGCGGAGCUGUAUCGUAUAUACCUGGGACCACAAGUCCUCAGUACCCUUCUGGUCUGGCAUGAAAGUACAACCUAUUCUCGCCGACGAAGUUCAGACCUUUAAAGCACUCAUUACGAUCCAUAAAGUGCUGCAGGAAGGCCAUCCUAUUACCGUGAGAGAAGCGCAGGAAAAUGUUACAUGGCUGGACAGCUUGAUGAGAGGGGUAACGGGCGAAGGGCUUCGAGGUUACGGUCCUUUGAUUCGAGAAUAUGUGUUCUUCCUGGAGUCAAAGCUGGCAUUCCACCGACAGCAUCCGGAAUUUAAUGGUCUCUUUGAGUACGAGGAAUAUAUCAGUCUCAAGUCCAUCAACGAUCCGAACGAAGGUUAUGAAACAAUCACCGACCUCAUGACCCUCCAAGAUCAAAUCGAUACCUUCCAAAAACUUAUCUUUUCGCAUUUCCGAGGCAGCGCGAAUAACGAGUGCAGGAUAUCUGCGCUGGUCCCUCUCGUUCAAGAGAGCUAUGGAAUUUAUAAGUUUAUCACCAGCAUGCUACGGGCGAUGCACUCAACAACCGGAGAUGAGGAAGCAUUGGAACCGCUUCGGGCACGAUAUGAUGCCCAAUAUCAUCGCCUUAUUAGAUUCUAUUACGAAUGCUCCAAUUUAAGAUACCUUACCAGUUUAAUCUCUGUUCCCAAACUCCCGCCACACCCACCAAACUUGCUCGCUGGGGAAGAGGAGAAGCCCAGUCUUCCAAAACGCCCAGUUAACGAACCCGAACGAGAGCCAACUCCGCCACCCAAAGCAACAAUCCCUGAUGCGGAGCCCAUCAAUGAUUUCUGGUCGACGGAGGCCAAACGCCAGCAGGAGGAGUAUGAAGCUGAGCAGCGCCGACUCCAAAGCCAAUGGGAAGAGCAGCAGCGUAACCAAAUGCUUGCCCAACAACAGGCGCAGCGAGAGUUUGAAGAGCAGCAAAGGUUACAGGCCGAGCAACAGAGAUUGGCCCAGGAACAGCUAAUGGCCAGCCAGUACCAGCAACAAACUCAGGGACGAUUGGCAGAACUCGAACAAGAGAACCUGAACGCACGCGCGCAGUAUGAGAGAGACCAGUUGAUGCUUCAGCAAUACGACAAACGGGUGAAGGACCUCGAGGAGCAGCUGAACCAAAUCAACUUAAACUUCAAUUCACAAAAUUCGUCCAAGGAUGAUCUCAUUCGAUCUCUUCAGGAGCAGCUCAACACCUGGCGCACAAAGUAUGAGGCGCUGGCCAAGCUCUACUCCCAGCUACGACAGGAACAUUUAGAUCUUCUACAAACUACCAAAUCCCUGAAACUAAAGGCGGCCUCUGCGCAAGAAGCGAUUGAUAAACGAGAGCGCCUCGAACGAGAGAUGAAGACGAAGAAUCUAGAGCUUGCCGAUAUGAUCAGGGAACGUGAUAGGGCUCUCCAUGAAAAAGAUCGUGUUACUGGCGGUAACCGCGAGGAGCUUGAGAAGCUCAAGAGAGAGCUGCGCAUGGCUAUUGAGCGAGCGGAAAAUGCAGAACGUGCCAAAGGAUCGGAAAUUUCAGCAAUGCUUUCCAAGUAUAACCGUGAGAUGGCUGAUCUCGAGGAGUCUCUAAGGAAUAAAACACGGGCCCUUGAGGAAAUCCAGUCUAACAGAGGCGAUCUGAACGCGGAUCAUGAAAUCAUGCUUCGAGAGAAGGACGAGGAGAUUGAGAUAUACAAGUCUGGAAUGGAGCAGGCAUUGACAGAGUUGGAGGAAUUGAAACUGAGUCAAGGAGACGCAGAUAAAGCCCUUGACAGCCAGAUCGACGAUGUCCUUAUUGGCUCAAUUUCUAAAGUUAACGACAUCAUCGACUCUGUGCUUCAAAGUGGUGUACAGCGAGUAGACGAUGCACUGUAUGAGCUGGACUCAACCAUGCAAGCCGGAAACCAAAAUGCAUCUCCCUCUUACGUACUAUCACAGAUUGAAAAAGCAUCUGCUAGUGCCACUGAGUUCUCGACCGCCUUUAACAACUUCAUUGCGGAUGGACCAAACAGCGAACAUGCAGAAAUCAUCCGUACUGUCAGCGUGUUCUCCGGAUCUAUUGCCGACGUCCUCAGUAACACCAAGGGCUUGACCCGAUUCGCGACUGAUGAUAAGAAAGCUGACCAACUCGUUGGCGCUGCACGAUCUCCUGCAGAAUCCACCAUGACAUUCUUCCGUGCCCUGCAGUCCUUCCGUCUACAAGGUUUAGAACCUCUUCAGAAGACUGAUGUUGUUAUUAACAACAACCAUGAAGUCCUCAUGAAUCUUCAGAAGCUCUCCAAGCUCGUCGACACCUUCGCUCCAAAGAGCAACAAGCUUACAGGCGCUGGCGACCUAGGUGACAUCGUUGACCGUGAAUUGACCAACGCUGCCAAUGCAAUUGAAGCCGCAGCACAGCGACUAGCUAAGCUUAAGAAGAAACCUCGCGACGGUUACUCGACUUACGAACUCCGCAUUCACGAUUCUAUCCUCGAGGCGUCUAUUGCGGUAACGAAUGCAAUCGCCGAGCUGAUCAAAGCUGCCACUGCAUCACAACAAGAAAUUGUCAAGGAGGGUCGAGGUAGCUCCUCUCGAACGGCAUUCUACAAGAAGAACAACCGCUGGACAGAAGGGUUGAUAUCUGCCGCCAAGGCUGUGGCAACGUCAACUAACACAUUAAUUGAGACCGCUGAUGGAGUCAUUUCUGGCAGAAACUCGCCCGAGCAGCUGAUCGUUGCUAGUAACGAUGUAGCGGCCAGCACCGCCCAGCUUGUGGCAGCCAGUCGAGUCAAGGCUACUUUCAUGAGCAAGACGCAGGAUCGACUAGAAACGGCCAGCAAAGCCGUUGGAUCUGCCUGUAGAAGCCUGGUCCGGCAGGUACAGGAUAUCAUUGCUGAGAAGAAUCGCAAUGAGACCGAAGCCAUCGACUACACCAAGCUUAGCGGACAUGAGUUCAAAGUACGAGAGAUGGAGCAACAGGUCGAAAUUCUCCAACUUGAAAAUGCACUCAGUCAAGCCAGAAAGCAACUUGGCGAAAUGCGUAAGAUAUCAUACAUGGAGUGA